AUGAGUCUAGUGGGCGGCUUCCCCCACCACCCGGUGGUGCACCAUGAGGGCUACCCUUUCGCUGCCGCCGCUGCUGCCGCUGCCGCCGCCGCCACCCGCUGUGGCCACGAGGAGAACCCCUACUUCCACGGCUGGCUCAUCAGCAGCCACCCGGAGAUGUCCCCCCCCGACUACAGCAUGGCUCUGUCCUACAGCCCUGAGUACGCCAACGGGGCGCCGGGCAUGGACCACUCCCAUUACGGGGGGGUGCCGCCCGGGAACGGCCCGCCCGGGCUCGGGGGGCCCCGGCCGGUGAAACGCAGGGGCACGGCGAACCGCAAGGAGCGGCGCAGGACUCAGAGCAUCAACAGCGCCUUCGCGGAGCUGAGGGAGUGCAUCCCCAACGUGCCCGCAGACACCAAGCUCUCCAAGAUCAAAACCCUCCGUCUGGCCACCAGCUACAUCGCCUACCUCAUGGACCUGCUGGCGAAGGACGACCAGAACGGGGAGGCGGAGGCUUUCAAGGCAGAGAUCAAGAAGACAGACGUGAAGGAAGAGAAGAGGAAGAAAGAGCUGAAUGAAAUCUUGAAAAGCACAGUUAGCAGCAACGAUAAGAAAACCAAAGGGAGGACUGGCUGGCCGCAGCAUGUCUGGGCUUUGGAGCUCAAGCAGUAAGCACGGCAGGACUGGAGGAGCCGUCCUCUUAGUCUCGGUAGUGAGCUCUCCUCUGAGGACUCUUUGUAUUUGGAAUAAUCCAGUUUAUUUAUGUGCAAUUUCUCCCCCAACCCCCCAAAAUGUGGAUAUUUGAAGGAGAGGGAAAAAGCAUUCCAUAUAUGAAGAGGAAACUCCAGCUUGGUAAGGGGUCAUGUCUCUAAAUGUUUCGUGAAUGUUAUUUGCUCUGUAUAAAACACGUGGGGAAAACAGAAUCAUAGAAAAGGAAAAAAAAAAUCCCUCCCUGGCAUUAGUGUGUAUGUGAAGUGUAUCUUUAAUACUUGGCCUUUUGGAUAUAAAUAUUCAUGGGAUUAUAAAGCUAUAUUUCAACAGAAGCAGUUGCACCAAUGUUUCGAUUGACUCGGUAUUUAGUGUUGUAAUUUUGUUGUGGUCGUUCAGUAUUUGAAGAUGUUUUCAACAGUUAUUGGUUAUGUGCACUUCCGUCCGUAAGGGAAAAAGUGGAAUCUAAUUAAUAUUGAAGGUGUAAACGUUGUAAGUACUCAAUAAACCACUGUGUGUGUUUUUUACAAAACAAAAGAAAAAAAAAAAAAAGAAAAAGAAAAAAAAAAGAAAAUCCAAAUCUUUUUAUGUUUUAUACCUCAAAAUGUUUUGAAUAACAGCGUUGUUUAUGGCUUUUUUUUCAUAAUAUUU